AUGGGUUCGAUAGGAACACCGCCGAGUGCAGAGAACGGCUCUGCUAACCCCAACCCCGCCACUGCUGCGUGCGACCAGUCCGUCGAUGGCUACCAUGCUUCGUCCAACGAAAGGGCGCUGGAGUCUGACGUAUCGAAGAAGCGAAAGUCGUCGAUCCUUCCUCUGGAGGUUGGUACGCGCGUCAUGUGUCGUUGGAGGGACUCCAAGUACCACCCCGUCAAGGUCAUCGAACGCCGCAGAACGCACUGCGGUGGGCCCAACGACUACGAGUACUACGUCCACUACACUGAGUUCAAUAGGAGGCUUGAUGAGUGGGUGAAACUUGACCAACUUGAUCUUGAUUCAGUAGAGGCUGUAGUUGAUGAGAAAGUGGAGGAUAAGGUUACAAGCUUGAAAAUGACUCGCCAUCAGAAGCGGAAGAUUGAUGAGACACAUGUAGAGGGCCAUGAGGAACUUGAUGCUGCCAGCUUGCGUGAACAUGAAGAAUUUACAAAAGUGAAAAAUAUAGCGACAAUAGAACUUGGAAGAUACGAAAUUGAGACAUGGUACUUCUCCCCAUUUCCACCAGAAUAUAAUGACUCUUUGAAGCUGUACUUUUGUGAGUUUUGCCUCAAUUUCAUGAAGCGCAAAGAACAACUUCAAAGGCAUAUGAGGAAAUGUGAUCUCAAGCAUCCCCCUGGUGAUGAGAUAUACCGAAGUGGUACACUUUCUAUGUUUGAGGUUGAUGGCAAAAAGAACAAGGUUUAUGGGCAGAAUCUUUGCUAUUUGGCGAAAUUGUUUCUUGAUCACAAGACCCUGUAUUAUGAUGUUGACCUCUUUCUGUUUUACAUUUUAUGUGAAUGCGAUGAUCGAGGAUGCCACAUGGUUGGAUAUUUUUCCAAGGAAAAGCAUUCGGAGGAAUCCUAUAAUUUGGCAUGUAUCCUCACCCUUCCUCCAUAUCAAAGAAAAGGCUAUGGCAAAUUUUUGAUUGCCUUCUCUUAUGAACUUUCAAAGAAAGAAGGUAAAGUUGGAACGCCUGAAAGACCCCUCUCUGACCUAGGAUUGCUAAGCUACAGAGGAUACUGGACUCGGGUGCUUCUGGACAUCUUGAAAAAGCACAAGGGAAAUAUUUCAAUCAAGGAGCUAAGUGACAUGACAGCCAUCAAGGCAGAUGAUAUAUUGACCACCCUUCAGAGUCUAGAAUUAAUUCAGUACAGGAAAGGGCAGCAUGUAAUUUGUGCAGACCCAAAGGUCCUGGAUCGUCACCUAAAAGCAGCCGGUCGUGGGGGCCUGGAUGUUGAUGUUAGCAAAUUGAUCUGGACGCCAUAUAAAGAUCAAGGGUGA